CUGUCGCAGCAGCAGCAGAGCAGAGUGGUAAAACAACUGUGUUGUUUUCACGAACAUCACUCACACCCUGCUUGUCUUUCGUGCUUUUUAAUCCCACCCCCCCGUUACGACAGCUGUGUGAGAAUCUGCGGUAGCGUCGCAACAAAAUGCGGCGUCAUCGUGUCGUUGUGUUAGCAGCCUAGCAGCUAGCAUUGUGGUAGUGAUGUAGGUGGAGAGAGCGGCGUGCUCUGGUGUUUUGGUUCAGACCACAGCUUAACGGACUGGAAUGCAUCUCUCGAAGAAGUGCUCCGUGUUUAAAGUGGUGCUCAGUGCUCUGCUAAUAGUGGCGCUCCUGCAGCUCAUCUACCUCUCCUUCCUAUCCAGGUUUCACGGUAAGCAGCAGCGGUACCGCUACUCCGAGCUCUUUGGCGGCUCCGGAGCCAAGAAGAAUGCGUACCCGGAUAAAAACACGCGCAAGGAGCGCCUCAGGUACUCGCUGUCCUCUGGUGGCAUCUUUGAUAACAGUGGUCAGUACCGUGUGUACAAGAACUUGAUCAAAAGUGAUUUCACCACGAACCUGAAACCUGAAGCAGCAGCAGAGUCCAGCAAGACCAAUGUCCUGGCUUUAGCCUCACACACCACUAUCAACAACCUGCACCACCUAGAGUCUCUUCUGGAGAGGUGGCAGAACCCACUCUCUGUUGCCAUAUUCGCUCAUGGGGAAGAUGUCAAGUUUGCCACAGCUCUGGCGUAUGCUCUCAGCUUCUUCUGCCCUCAGAUCCAAGCCCUGGUGGACUUCCACUUGGUGUGCCUCUCUGGAGAGAUGGCCAGCUUCCCUGAGCAGGACCGCGAGCAUUUUGUGGGGUUAGAGGACUGCGCUUCAGUCUUCUCCAGACUGGAGACCUACAAGGACAAACACAAGAACUAUGCCAUCAGUGGAAACGUCUCUUACCCUAACAACCUCCUCCGUAAUGUUGCCCGAGGAGGCACCUCUUCCUCCUUUGUCCUGGUCAUUGACAUCGACAUGAUGCCAAACGCUGACCUGUACCAGCAAUUCCAAGCUAUGACCUUGAGCCGAGAGUCAGCGAGCGAUGAGGUCUUUGUGUUACCCGCUUUUGAGAUCCGCCAUUCCAGGAAGAUGCCCACCACCAAGCCAGAGCUGGUUCAGCUUUACCAGGUAGGCGAGGUCCGGCCAUUUUAUGAAGAGCUGUGUCCUCGCUGUCAGGCUCCCACAAACUACUCACAGUGGGUCAACAGCCGUAUUCGAGGAACAAGCAACCUGGAAGUCGCCUACACACUCACCUGGGUGGACCCCUGGGAGCCUUUCUACAUUGGGCCCCGCACUGUACCCCUCUACGAUGAGACCUUCAAGCAAUAUGGCUUCAAUCGCAUCAGCCAGGCCUGUGAGCUCCACGUGGCAGGAUACAGGUUCUCGGUACUGAGCUCAGCCUUCUUGGUGCACCGGGGCUUCAAGAUCCAAGGGGAGUUCCAUGCCAGGAAAGACGAGGAGAACAAACGCAACCGUGUUCUGUUUCGCAGCUUCAAAGAGGGCCUGAAAACCAAAUACCCAUCCUCCACAAGAAGAUGCUGAAGACAAAAACAAAUGAGGACUCCGUAUCCUGCCAGAAUCAGUCUCUAAAGAUCACAGCAGAAAUGAUGGACAUGUUCCUUUUCUUGUUUUAACCAGAUUCAUUUUCCUGCCAGGCUCUCCCUGCCCCCAAAACAUCCUUGAUUUUCUAUGAUCUCGAGUGAUGAUGGCACAGCAGGUGCUAAAGCUGAGCCAAAUCUUGAACUCAUUUCAAAUACUUCUGAAAAUGAGCAGAAGGGAAACGUUCUCCAGGGGUUUCUGACCACAUCCUACUAAUUGUAGCUGAAAGGGAAAAAAAAAAAACCUGUGAGAUUAUGGUUUUGUUAUUUUCUUUUUAAAAUCCAGGCAAUAUUUGAGAAGUGUUUCCUCUAUGUGACUUACAUUUCAGAACCUGGAACUGUGGGCCUCAUAAGAUCCUUAUUUCACUCUAUGAAACAUGAAGAUUCUAUUUCCCCCCAAAAAUGUAUUCAAGUUUUUUUUAUUUUUCUUGCAGUUCAGCAGAAACUGCUUCAAAAAUCAAGUCUACCAAAGACAGGAUCGUCAUUUAAUUACCAUACGCAAGUAAUUUGAUAAACCAUCAAGAAAUAAUCCACUUAUUUCUUACCCUUUUGAAAGAAAGAAAAAAAUCUGGUUUAUGAUUUAUUACAACUUUUUGUUUUAUCUAAUACUGAUAUAAAAGUAUUUUACAAAUGUACAUUUUAUCAUUUCAGUGGAAAAACAAGCAGUGGUUCAAUAGCAAAUCAAAUAUCGGCAUUUUCAGGCAGGAAAAAAUAUCCAGAACAAAUGGGUCCAGACAUUUUCCAGAGUCCGAUGUUAAUUUUACGAGAAACUGGCAAGGGAAAAUGCCCAAGAUAUUUUGUGGGGCAUUUUUACGUUCAGCCCUUUCUGCACAAUUUCAAACAAAAGGGUUUGAAAUCAGUUUGAGACUUUGGUUUGGGUGUGACAUGCUCCUGCCACCAGAUGGCAGCAGAACACUUGAGUGUGGUGAGUGCUUGAUCUGCUGUUCAUACUAACAAAAUGCAGUAUUUUAAGCCUGAAGUGAGUGUGAGACCACAGGGACUGACACGCCAUCCAUGCACUUUUCGGUUUCUUACAGUGAGGUGAACUCGCUCGGUGGUAGCUGUUGGCACAUUUAAGAUGUUUUCAGCCAGUGUGAGCGCCUCAAACUUCUGUGAGGUGGUUUAAUCACACAUUACAAGGACAGAAUAAAGCACUGAGCAAAUGUAAAUAUAAUACACUAGCUGUCUUUAUGCCAACACUGUGAAAAACUACUGAAUUAUUACACUGAGGAUGUGAUGGCUGUAGUUCAACUCUUUAAUUAUACAGAGCAGUGAUUCCCAAACACUGGGUCGGGACCCACAGAUGAUUGUUUUUGGGUCAAAUUUGCCAAAUUUCCCCAACAUUUUAAUUGACAUUUAUGUGUAUUUGUUUUAAAUAAUAUGCAUAUAAUUAAGUUGCAAUGAAUUUACCCAAACAUCUCUUGGAAAUGAUUUGCUUGCUAAUUUAGAAUGACAGGAGGUAUUACAGAUAAAGGUGUAUAGUAGUCGCUACAUUACUUUAACAAAGUAUAGAAAUAGUGAGGAAACAUCUAUCACAGAUACUGUAUAGACAGAUAAACACUACAUGUACACAACAAAAAAUCACAUCCUGUGUUGUAAAAAAGGAAAUUAUUUCAAUACCACUAAGGUACAACUGUUAACCUGUAACCCACGACUACUUAAAACAGUAUUUAACAACCACUUUGACAAAAGUUUAAUAAGAUAAUGUUACUUUUAAGACUUAAAUCGUUAUUUAGUUGUUUUUCUUGCUUUGCUUGUCGUGCUUAUGAUAUUUAUUGUGACGUUUUCCUUUAACCAACACCCCCCGAGCAGGAACACGUGUAGCAUGCAGUUGUGACUGUGCAGCACAAUUACAUAAUGGUACACAACAUUAAAGAUUUGUUUGUUUUAGAAUAUCAGUUACAUAAUUUUUUCCCCCUGUAUUUCUUGAAUUUCUUCAAUUUGAACAAAUAACUGUGAUAAUGUGAAGUGGUGCUUUGUUUCUCCCUACUUGAAAAAUGCAGUUUUUGUAUUUAUUUGUGUUUACAAGAUAUAAUGCCUGAUUUGUUUUUGUUGGAAUUUAUAUUAAAACUUUUAUUA